AUGACUGCCUCAAAAUCAAUUACGAAGAAAUCACGUGUGAUCUCUUCAAAUUGGCCAAGGUUCCUCGUCAUCAGUUCCACUGAUGACGGGGCCUUGAAAAAAUUGUCACCUUUUGCAAUUCAAAAGGGGCUCGUCGGUCUAGCCGGGGAGCCAACAAAUGUUACAAAAAUGAAAAACGGAUCGCUGUUGGUCGAAUGUUCGACAGAAAAGCAUUCUAAAUGUCUUCUCAAGUCGACUAUUCUAGCCAACAUUCGCAUCAUCGUACUGCCACACACUUCUCUCAACUCCUCGAAGGGAGUUAUCAGAUGCCGAGAUUUGGAAGGUGUUAGUGAUGAGGAAAUCUGUGACAAUCUUACUUCACAAGAUGUCACAGUCGUCAGGAGAAUAAAGGUUCGGAGGAACAACGAAUUGGUUCCAACCAAUACCUUUAUUCUAACAUUCAGUACUCCUACCCUUCCACAUUCGAUUAAGGCUGGAUACCUCAACAUUCCUGUUGAGCCUUUCAUUCCUAAUCCACGCCGAUGCUUCAAAUGCCAGAAAUAUGGCCAUGGUCAAAAUACCUGUCGAGGCAAACUGACAUGUGCUCGUUGCGGUCAGUUUGACCACGACAGUAAAACUUGCAAAAAAGACCUUGUAUGUACAAACUGCAAGGGAGAUCAUUUCGCGUACUCGAGAGAGUACUCGAUGUGGAAAAAGGAAAAGAAGGUUCAGGAGGUUAGGGUUGAGAAACGUCUAACCUUUGCUGAUGCCAGAAAACUGGUGGAGAGAUUUCUACCUGCUAGAGUAGCAGCAUCAUAUGCUGUUGCUGCUGCUGCAGUGAAGGCUCUGGAUGAUGGAGGUGAUGAGAUGGAAGUCUCAUUACUUGAUUAUCCAGGAACAAAACGACCACCACCAAAGGCAAAGAUAACUCCCAUACUUCCUCCCGAUGGCGAAUAA